UGUGUGCCGAGAAGGAAUUCAACCACGCAGGGUGUGUCGCCCGGCCGUCCCUGCUACUCCGUUGGUUAGUUCCGAGUCUAUAUAAGCAUAUCCUGUCCGUGUGUACCUGGGUUUAUUAGCUGAGAGAGCGGAAGAGGGGACGUGUUUUGGACUGUUCAAACAUAUUACAUCAUUCGUAUCUUCGUGUCUGGGAUACACAAUGAAAGUCACACUAGCCACACCCAUCAUGGCAGAGGAGUACAUUCUAGUGACUGGAGGUGCAGGUUAUAUUGGUAGUCAUACAGUGGUGCAGCUGCUGAAUGCUGACUACAAUGUGGUGGUGAUUGAUAACUUAGUCAACGCCAGCAUGGAGAGUAUCAGCAGAGUGGAGGAGAUCACAGGGAAGAAAGUGCCAACUCAUCAAGUUGAUUUACUAGAUAAGAAUGCUAUCAUUGAUAUAUUUGAAAAGUACAAGAUCUCUAUUGUCAUGCAUUUUGCUGGGUUGAAAGCUGUAGGAGAAUCUGUUGAGUUACCUCUCUUGUAUUAUCACACCAACAUAGGUGGCACUGUUAACUUAUUAGAGGUGAUGAAAAAGUUUGAUGUCAAGAACAUCAUCUUCUCCAGCUCUGCUACAGUGUAUGGCAGUCCUGUAUACCUGCCAGUGGAUGAGGCACACCCUGUUGGUGGAUGUACCAAUGCCUAUGGCAAGACAAAGUUCUUCAUUGAGGAAAUCAUCAAAGAUGUGUGUAACGCAGACAAAACUUGGAACGCUGUCCUCUUGCGUUACUUUAACCCAGUUGGAGCUCAUUCAUCAGGAAAGAUAGGUGAAAACCCACAGGGUGUACCCAACAAUUUGAUGCCCUAUGUUGCUCAGGUGGCUGUUGGAAAGAGGGAGUUUUUAACUAUUUAUGGGAAUGAUUACAACACACCAGAUGGAACUGGUGUACGUGACUAUAUCCAUAUAGUUGAUCUUGCUCUGGGCCAUGUCGCAGCCAUUAAGAAAUUAACAAGUCAAUGUGGAUGUGUGGUUUACAACUUAGGCACUGGGAAAGGAUAUUCUGUUUUAGACAUGGUCAAAGCUUUUGAAAAAGCAUCAGGAAAAACUAUCCCUUAUAAAAUAGCACCAAGGAGACCUGGUGAUAUUGCUACAGUCUAUGCAAAUCCUGAGAAAGCUGAAAAAGAACUUGGGUGGAGUACAUCUAAGGACCUAGAUGAAAUGUGUGAGGAUCUAUGGAGAUGGCAGUCAGACAACCCUAAUGGCUAUUCUUCUGCCAGUUAAUGUUUACAGAUUCUAGUUGAAGUUGAAGAAAACAAAUUAUAAUGCAAGGUUGUUGUUUGUAUAAGUUGUAUCAAGAUGUAAGGAUUAGAGCAAAUUGAUUGAAUGAAAGUAGAUUAUAAAAAUUCCAUUCUAAAACAAUUUGUUAGUGUCAAAGUUAUGUGCUUUAUUUAUUGCAAAGCAUUAAAAACUGGUUUAGUUGUUGCAAUAUAAACUGCUAUCCUAUGAAUCUAGGAUGUUACCAUAUAUGGACCCAUAUUAAGAAACUUACAUAUAACUUAAUCAUCGUUAAUUUAUUUGUACAGAAUUCAUUUCAUUAACUAAUCUUCGCUAGUAUGGUUGAAAAAAAUUGAUAUGUAGCUUAAUUUAAGUUGUAUCAAUCUUUGUUUCAUUAAUGAUUGAGUCGUAUACCGUAUGAAAGUGCAUAACUUAUAUCAUAGUUUGUCAUUAUAUGAACUGAACUUGACAAUAUUAUAAGAGGCAGUUGUCAAUAUCUAUAUGUAUACUAAAUUUUACAUCAAAAGUGGGCUGCCUAUUUUUUAUGUAGUGCAAAUAUUUUUU